AUGUUGAAGAAGAAGAAGGACGAGGACGAGGACGAGAAAAAGGACAGCACUUCAUCAAAUAAAUAUUUCAUCGACUACCUGAUCUAUUUUCUUCCGGUGUUUGUAGUCAUUUUUGAUGCCCUCUGCCUCGCAGGGUGCGUAGGAACCUCGCCCAGCAUCCCGACCCUCUACCUCGUCACCAUGGUCCAACCACCAACCGACAUCAACGGCCUCGAGCUCUCAAUAGGGUACUUUGGCAUCUGCGCGCGGCCCCCAGGCGGCGGACUGACCUGUCAACUGUCCAAGAACCCGACCCCGAGGCUGCUGGCCGAGAAGCUCGGGCUCGACAACAGCGAGGCGACCCUGAUCCGGCUCGAGACGGCCAAGUCCAUCCAGGACAAGGUGUUUGUGCCCAUCUUCGCCGCCGCGGCCGGCGGGUUCCUCAUCGGCCUGCUGAACCUGUCCUUCCUCUGGCUGGAGCUCUGGUGGUCCAAGAAGCAGGCGGCCAAGAAGACGACCAAGAAGAAGACGACCAAGAAGAGCGACGACGACUACAUUGGAUACGGAAGGCCCGCAGCCUCAGCAAAAAAAGCCGGCGGCCAAAAGGGCGACCAGAAUGGCCCCACGGAGCAGACGCUGCGCGGCAAGCGGACCGCCUACAUGACGCGGCGCGGGGCGCUCGGCCUGCUGUGGGGCAGCACGGCGCUCACCGUCAUGGUCGCCAUGUCCACGUCCAUGGUGGUGGUGGCGCUCGAGGCGGCGGACCCGGCCAUGCAGCGCGGCGGGCACGUCGAGGGCCUGCAGUGGGCGGCCGCCGUGCUGCAGGCCAUCUUUGUGGUGAGGGUGGCCUUUGUCAACAGGCGCAGGGGCGCCCAGAACGUCCAGCAGGACGCGGAAGCUGGCCCCGCCGCUGCAGGCUCUGCCACCACCGCCAAGGCGAAGGCGGGAUCGCAGCCGAACUAUUCGACGGCGCGAUCGGCGCAGGAUCGAGGGCGGUCUCCGCAGGGCCCAGGGGCGCGGCAACCGUAUCCGGAUCAGGAUUAGGAACCAGCAUCUGUGACAGAGACGUCGGAACCCGAGACCGAGGCGCCAGCACCCAAGGUACGGGCACCUGCACCGGUGAUAAAGGCAACGGCGCCGGUGA